AUGAGUUCAUCUAUCAAAUAUGAAUCUGUUGGGCAGGGAGCAGUCAGCAAUGAUGAACCAGAAGAUGGUGCCCAUCAUUACUUUAUAAUUUUGGAUUUCCACAACCUUCAGUUAUUGCUUGUGAUGUUUGAACUUGGAAUUAAAAUUUCAAGUGUAAUUAGAAUUUCUUCUGAGAAUUACAAGCCGUUGCAGACAUACUUGGAAGCAACUAAACUUAAAGAAGAAUCUUUACAGUCAUCUGAAGUUAUAGAAGCAGAGAAAAGAAAGAACAAUGAAGCUAUCAAAGAUCUGGAAACAUUCUGGAAGUACCUGGAACCAGUUCUGAACAGUGGAAAGCCUGGAUCAAGUCUCUUUGAUGUUGCCACACUUCAUCAUGUAGUUAAGGAGAGUGCCUUUCCCCCUGAUUGGUCUGACAGAGAAAUGCUGCUUGCACUUGGCACUGUGCUGUUUGAAAGCAUUGCUUGUUUGAUGUAUGACUGUCUGGACUGGAGAAGACAGCAUCAUAACUACUUGGAAAACACCAAGUUUAUUAAUGUGCCUGCAUUAUCAGAGAGGAAAUUGACACAGCCACCUGAAUUUGAGGUACAGUCACUAUCACAGUUUACAACUUCAAAAAAAAAAGGGCAAGCAGAAGAAAUUCUGCCAACACCAACUGUGUCAGAGGCUUCUUUUUUGGAUACUUCUGUGGACAUGAGGUAUUACAAUGACUUGCUGAGUCAGAUUCCUGAGGAAUACUUUUCUGUACCCUUAAUACUGAACUGCAUGUUGGAACAGGUUAUCGCAAGUGAAGAAGGCCUUAUACCACCUAGUCUGGUAGUACCAGAGCCUCGGGCAGAUGGGCUACAUCUUACCAUUGCAGAACAUAUAGCUUCUGUUCUUCCUUCUCUUUCACUUUCUGAAAGUGAAAAAAAGAAUCUAUAUGACUAUUUUUCACCUAAAUACAGUGAAGAAAAGCCUGUCACCCCGGAGUACCCUCUCUUAUUUAACUACCAUGAUACCCUGGCUCAGCGGUUACAUCUGCUGAAGAUCCAGGAGAACUUAAAUCCAGAAAAGAUUGAACAGGAAAUGAUGGAUAAACUUCCUCUUACAGAACUUAUCCGGUUAAACUUUCCCUCAGCUGAAAACAACCCUAAACGCUUGGCCAGUCUUCACGAGCUCAUGCAUUAUUGUACCAGUGAACUUCUGAGUCGAGCUGAAGUAGAAAGGGCCUUCAGAGUGUUUACUUUUGAAAGCCUGAGGCUGACUGGGCUGAGUGACUCUGGUCUCCUGGGGAGCUCCGGAUCUACGAUUGGAGGUGAUUGUGAAGUGUCUUAUAUCCCUUGGGAUAAUACAGCCAGGUUUGCAGGACAGCUGAGACAACUCUUCCUUAUGGAAGAGAAGUUUAAUGGAGAAUCUCCAAGAGAUUCUGGACAUACAGAAAUGAAUGGCAAAGAUGGAAGAGAUAGUCUGGCUGAUCCUGCUUUGAAGAAAGAAUUGGAUUUUCUUAUUUUGGAUAUGGUGAGUCCGGAAAAUUGCAGCUUAAAACCAGACUUAGAAGAAAUCAAAAAGACACAGAGGCGUUGUUUGACAGACUGGAGUUUUGAUGAGCAUUUUCAACCCCAUGUUCUUCUUCAGGUUCUUCAUGCUGCAUCCCAAGAAUAUAGAUGUAUUGAUUUGUUUUAUCAUACCCAAGAUAACUCUUUGCUAAUGGUUCUUCACAAUCCUAUGAAUCAAUAUCGUUUGUGCCAAGAGACUUGGGAUAUUGCAUUGCACUCUAAUGUUGGAUUCAGGAACUAUCUCGAAAUGGUGGUCAACUCAAUUGAAGAUUGGGUGAAAGAGGAAGAAGUCAAAUACCAAGAAAAGAAGAUGGCUAAGAAAACAGAGUCUCUUAAACCCCUGGCAGAAGGAUCUUCUGAAUUGACAGUCAAAAAACCUUUCCCUGUGAAAGCCGAAGGUAACACAUCCGUACGUCAGGGAAUAACAGGGACUAUCCCAGAAUUUCAGUCCAAGAAUGAAAUAAGUCAUUUUAUUAGAGAAGGCUCUCUAAAGUUUCUUGGCUACAAUAUGGGGGAAGAUGUCAUUCAAGUAUCAGGAACCACUCAAUAUCUUUUCCCGUCUGAUGGAGGACAGAUUCAAGUAGAGAAGAUAGAGUUUGUAAAAGGUCUAACUUUGGUAAAGGUGAGAGUGAUAAAAGACAACCACAAUUUCUUCAUUCAUAUCACAGACCCCAAGAAAGACUUGAAAGAAAUCGAAAUGCAAGAAAUUAAUGAAGAACAGAAAAUGAGAUCAGGAAAAUUGGAAAAUCAAAAGCAACCUGUGAGCAAGUUUGGAUCUUUUUCAGCCACCUUGGAAAAUGGAAUCCAGCUGUCCCUAAGCUAUUACGGACCUACAGGGGAGACAUCAGAUGAUGAAACAGAUCCUGUCUUAGCAAGAAUUCUGAGCAUUCCUUCUGUUCAUAUUCCAACUGUAGUUUCUCCUGUUACAUCACAUUCAGGAAAAAAAGAUAAGCCAGUCAAACAAAAAUCAGGAAAAUCUCAGCCACCUGCAAAAGCGAACACUAGCAAAACAGGCCUUCCACCUCCUGAGGAUCUAGUGAAGCAAGAAGAAAAGAUAGAAGUGGAAGAAUCGGUUUCUCCAACACGAGUGACGUCUGAUGCUCCUACCUUCCCAGCUUUGAAUGUCUCCUGUCCCAACGGACUAGUAGUAACUUUCCUUGGUGAAAGUUUUGGAGGUGAAGCCACUGUAGCUGAAGUUGACAACGAGGUGGUAAAGGAAAGGGAGGCCAAAGCAGAUGAAACCAAGGAAGAGGAGGCCAAGGCAGAUGAAGCAGAGGGAGAGCUUAUGAAUGCUAGAGAGGAGGAGGAACAUGAUGUUACAAAGGGUGAAAUAAAGCAUGAAGACACUGAAAGGGAACAGGACAAGGAGCCCACUUGGGAAAUUCUGGUUAGGCAGAGUUAUCCCCAAAAAGUAAAGAACUCUCAUCUAUAUGCAUCUGUGGCAAGGCAAGCAGAACAAGAGGUGUCAAGAGUCAUCACCAGUCAAGGAACUGUCAUAAAGUACCUGAUGGAUGGAUCUACCAAGAUUCUGUUUGCUGAUGGCACAGUGAGUAGGAGUCCUGAUUCUGGCCCUGUCCUACCACCAUGUCCAAUUCCAGAUGACAUGCAACUGUUACUGGAAUCUGAUCUUUUACCUGAGACCAGCACUAAGAAAGGGAAAGCCCAUGACAAAAGCAACAAAUUACACUCAGGCAAGGAUGAGUUGUUUGAAAAUGCUACACAGGAUGUGGUUAAUUCUGCGCAAGCUGAGGUGAACCAGGCAGGAACCUGGAUAACAACAACUCCAUCAGGCAUUCAAGUGGGCACUGAGGAAGGAAAGAGAAUGGAUCUGAAACCACUCUUAAUCUAUCAGGCAACUGACCCAGCCGAUGGAACG